AGUCCAUAUAAGUCGCGACACUUCUUCCUCACCCGUCAAGCUCCCGUCCAUGGAGGAUGACCACAGUAACGAUAAAGCGACCGUCGACACCGCCAAAGCCGACCGAUCUGUCUGGCUCAUGAAGUGCCCGCCCGUUGUCUCCAAGUCGUGGCAAUCCUCCGCCGCCACCGCCGCCGCCGCCGAAUCGCCGACGGUGGCCAAAGUGGUUGUCUCCCUUGAUCUCCUCCGGCCCGAAGAUCCCCCCGCCCUCCAAUUUACUAUGGAGAUGGCUGCGGGUGAGUCUGUGGCUGUACCCAAGAGCUACUCGCUCAACAUGUUCAAGGAUUUUGUUCCCAUGGCUAUUUUCUCUGAAACAACUGAGGGAAGAGUGGCAAUGGAAGGGAAGGUGGAACACAAAUUUGACAUGAAGCCUCACCACGCAAAUCUUGAAGAGUACAGAAAACUGUGUCGAGAAAGGACAAAUAAAUCCAUGGUCAAGAAUAGACAAAUUCAGGUGCUUGAUAAUGAUCGUGGUGUGCACAUGAGGCCUAUGCCUGGGAUGAUGGGGCUGGUUACAUCGACUUCUAAGCAAUUUAUGAAGGAGAUAUUGAAUGAGCUCUGUGUAUACAAUAAAAGGGGAGCAAAUCAAGGUACAUAUGAGCUGAAGCCAGAGUAUAAGAAAUCUGCUGAGGAUGCAGUUGCAGAAUAAUGUAUCUGUCAUUGUCAUUGUCUGUAUCAGUUCUAAUACUAGUGUUUCACAUUUGUUCUUUAAGACAUGGCUUAAUACUGGAUAUACUGUUCUUGAAAACUCAGGGAAGAAGCUUAUCGAUGUGAAAGAGGCACAUAUACCAAUAUUUCUCAUUAUUUGUAACAUGAUAUUAUCGAUGUGAAAGAGGUGUUAGAUUUUGAUUAAUUGUUUGUCUCAUAUCGGAUGUAUACCAAAGAUGUGUAGGAUCUUAUUAGUAUAAAU